CAGCAUGCACCUAUUUUCCAGCAAAACCUGCUGGUUAAAUCCUUUGAGAUUGGCCCUGACUGCAAAAUGUCAAUAGUGGCAUUAACAAAUCACUUUCAGGAAAUAGAGAUCAAUCAUUUAAAGAGUAUGGGGUUAUGUGAAGAUGGUUUCGCUUCGACACCGGAGAUGACUAAACGGGACUUGGUCUGGGUCACCCACAAGUUACAUAUCCAUGUUAAUUGUUACCCUUCUUGGGGCGACAUCGUCCAAGUAACUAAUUGGCUAUACGAAUCAGGAAAAACUGGUCUUCGUUCUGACUCUAUUGUAUCCAACAUAAAGACAGGCGAAAUUUUGGUCCUAGCAUCCCGUGGGUUGGUGAUGAUGAAUAAGAAAACAAGAAAAGUGUCCAAGUUCAUAGAAGAAGCUAAGGAGGAAAUAAGACCUCAUCUUAUGCCAAACUGUUCCCCUAUUGUUGAAGAUGUUAGAAAUUUCUCACAAGUAGACUUUGAUAAAACAGAAUACAUCCAUACAGAUUUAAAGGUAUGAUUAUCCAAUGAUCGUGUCCAAAUUUUUACUAACAAAAACUAAU